UUAUAAACGUCCCUUGUGGACCUUCAACUUAACUAUUCAUGAUGGUGCCACUAACAAGGCCAACUGCUACAUUUGGCAUGAAGCCAUUGCGAAGCGCGGAGCUAAUGACAUCGGCUCUUGCAUUUAUAAGUGCCUCGCAAGCUUAUCUAAUGACGUAAAGCAUGUCAUUUUAUACAGUGAUUCAUGCACUGGUUAAAAUCGUAACCCGUAUGUUUGUGCUAUGUUUGCAAAGGUGUUGGAAGAUCAUCCCACAAUUGAAACAACUGAUCACAAGAUUCUGGUUGCUGGUCAUACCCAUCUAGAAUGUGAUACAGUUCACGCACAGAUAGAAAAGAAAAAGAAAUACACUUCUGUUUCUAUUCAACAUCCCCAUGACCGGUCAAAUUUAAUUGCUGCUACAAUCAAAAUGUAUAUUACUCAGGAAAUGAAGCAAGAAGAAUUCUACAAUUUCAAUGCAUUCAUGAAAGACAAAUAUACCUGGAGAAACAAUAACACCGAAGGUGAGAAGUUUGAGUGGAAGUUUGUAAGGUGGUUGCGGUAUGUGAAAAAGGAGUCUGGACUGAUACGCUACAAAUAUUCUCUUGGCUUGGACGAUCCAUUUAAGGAAUUAAACAUAAAAGCACGGCGUAAAAGAGAUCAAAACUAUGAGCUUGCAAAUACUUAUACGGGUCCUCUCCCUAUUCCUGCAAACAAAAAACGCGAUUUGCUAGAUAUGUUGCCGUUGGUCAACCCAGAGCUGCACAGUUUUUACCGAAAUCUUAAAGUUGAAGGAGAAUCCGUGGUUGAAAUAGAUUCAGAUUUGGAUGAAAUUGAAGAAAAUCUCUAA